AUGCGGAAGACGGGUAAGCGGAAGACGGACAACGGAAUUCCGUGCAACUCUGGUGCCUGUCUAGGACGUGUAGACAGUUCCCUAACUCAGAGCUGUGCUUUGGGCCGGCUGGGCUAGCCAUAGUGUUGCAACGCGGUCGCGAAGCGGUCGAACGAAGAUUUUUCUCUCGAAUUGUUAAGUAUUGUGUGAAUGGGGGAGUGAGUGAUCGAAAAUAUGUUAUUCAGUGGAGUUAUGUGAUGUUCAAUCAAUCAUAUAGUCUCUGUGCGACGACUUGAAAUUUCACCGAACGACAUUCCGCUGUUCCGCUGCGCGCCUUUGCACGCUUUGAUUUUUCAUUUUAUUUAAGAACAGGACCAACACGUGUUCCUAGUGGAACAGUCCAUCUAUCAGAAAUGAGAACCAAUUAAAAGUUAGACCGAGGCUCGCAAAGACGCUUCGGAACAACGGAAUGUCGUUCGGUGAAAUUUCAAGUCGUGGUACGCAGACUAUAAUAUCAAUAUUUAUUGGUUGUUUUAGUCAGAUGGAAUCGACUAGGCGGUGAAAAAAUUGCUCUUUUGAGCGGCACUACACCGCCUUUGGCGAAAAAGAAGUCAAAACGUGUGGUUGAUUGGAUUGAAAGCAUGGCCUUACGGUCCUUCGCCUCGUUCUUCCACAAGAAGAUCUUUCAUGGUGGGGCUCGGACGCCGUGUACACUCUAGGGCAACCUCGGCCGAUUGAAAGAGCUACCACGUCGAGUGAAGAAGCAGCGAUCGCCGGAAAGCUCGAAAGUCGUCUACUACUAUCACAGGAGAGAUGAGAGGCUCUACGCGCCGUCUACGCUUGAUCAACAACGGUUUCGCGAAUCGACAAACAACUCUUCAAUGAUUCCAUGA